AUGAAUAAGUUAUAUACUUCAAACCAGUUUGUUGUAAAAACGAACGAUUUUCAAGGCGCAACUUGUAAGCUCUGCGUUACUAGUGCAAUGAAGUAUUGUUUGGCGAUCAAACUAACUUGGAUACUAUUCCACUACAUAUGUGCUCUAAAAGAUGAAUCUGAGAAUCCACCCAAUGGUUCUUCAGUUGGUAUGAAAAAAACUACUAAAAACCUUGUAAAUUCAUCAACCCAUAAAUCCAAUUUUUCUACGUUGGAGUAUGUUUCCACAUCCGUUAAUGUAACACCUCAACCAAACUUGACAACAUCGAACGUCACACUUAGUUCCAAAGAAGUACUAAAUACCAGACUUCCAAAUCCUACUGAACAGUUAGCUAAAUCCUUGUCACAGACAACUGCAACAAAUACACCUGAACCAUACUCCCAAGAGGAAACAGGUGUUGAAAUCGACAAUCCUGAAAAACCCAAACAAAAAGAAAUCUCUCCCCAUUCUGGUGGUUCACAUGCUGACCCGGAAGAAAAGCGAGAAAAAGAUUUUGAGGACAAUCAGUCACCGAUGGUUCACGAAAAUCAUGUGUUCAACAGAAAGGAUUUCGUCGAAUCCGAAUCUAAGAAAUCUAAACCGUUCAUACCUCACAGUGACAUGGAUACUGUAGUUCACGAUACACACUAUAUUCCGGAUGUAUCAAUCAGUUACAUUCUCGUCAUCUGUUGCAUUUUAGUUGUGUUUAUUAUAUGCAUUUGGAAACCAUUUUGUCAUAUGUUAUAUAAUAUAUACAGUGGCUGUUGUUCACGUUCUCGUAUUAGUCGAAUUGAUAUGAAUAGUAAAGUGGCAUAUCGUCAUUUAAGUACAGAAGAAUUUUAAACUCGAUUAUCUUUGUUAUUGUUGUUGUUGUUGCACAUAUCACCACAUCAUCCUGUUUUUGUUACAUUGAACAUUGACUGGUUCGUAUGUAUAGGAUAAAAAAAAUUUGUUUAUUAUAUAUAUUGUUCAUGUACAACAUGUUGUAUGCGCCGAAUUAUUGUUUUUUUUUGUACUUCUUCUUCGUUAUCUUGUAUUUUCUUCUUUUUACUGGUACUUCUUCUUCUUCUUCCUCUUCUUUUUCAUUUAAUUGAAUUGUUACUUUUACAAUUCACUUUAUAUUCUUCCACAUGUAGUUCAUAUGUGAAUAAAAAAAAUAAUUUAUUAGUAAUAUAUUAUUAAUUGAUGACUAAUUAUCCCUUGAAACUUUCAUCUACUAACAAUCGAACAGUCGUGAUUUGUUUGUCUGUACUGCAUCACUGCAAAGUCAUUUUGAAUGUAGGAUCCAUAGAAUACUACUGUACAUGUGAUUUUGAAGGAAUCAAAAAUAAUAACAAUGAUUAUAUGUCAAAUAAAUGAAUAAAUAAGUAAUCAUAGUAAAA